GAGAAGCAGGCAGGCAGACUUGUUGCAACAGAUGGCUUUACCAGCGGCGGCUCGGCGGCGGCUGUACCGAGGAACUCUGGGACGCCGUUAAGACACAGGCAGAGACAGAGAAAGGGAGGGGACAUUGGAAAGUCAGAGUGCUGGAACAGAGCAAGAAAAAGAGACAGAGGGAGGCUCCUUCCUCCUCCCCUUCGCUUUCAAACUCACCGUCUUCCCCUCCAGACAGACAGGAAGGCAUGUCAGCGUGAGCACCAAGUUUUGUAGCUGAAAGGAGCAGCGGCAAGAGUUUUAUGGAGGAGAUGAGUUUGUGACCUGAGCUUCCAUCCUCCUCCUCCUUCUUCCUUCUCAGAGAGGAGAACACCUGCUGACAGCAAGGAGCUCCUUGAGGGAGGAGACGCAGCCGCAGCAGGAGGACUGAACACAGCAGGAGACCCGACACACACUGCAGGUCCCUGCUGACACUGAUUACACUCAGGAGUGUGUCUGCACAAGAAGUUGAGACUCCACGGGGGGGAAGCAGCUUGAUUGGUUGACCUUCUGUGGAGGUCAGGAGUCGAGGGCCAUGGCGGGCCGACUCCUCCUCUUCCUGUUCAUCUCUGUGACGCUCUGCCACGCUUACUUCCCUUCUGGCCAGCGUCUGAAGCCCCGCCUCCAGAGAGACCGCCGCAACAUCCGGCCAAACAUCAUCCUCAUCCUGACGGACGACCAGGACCAGGAGCUGGGUUCGAUGCAGGCGAUGAACAAGACUCGCCGCAUCAUGGAGGAGGGCGGGACUUCCUUCUCCAACGCCUUUGUGACCACGCCCAUGUGCUGUCCGUCACGUUCAAGCAUGCUCACUGGGAAGUACGUCCACAACCACAACACCUACACCAACAACGAGAACUGCUCCUCUAUGUCAUGGCAGCGGCAGCACGAGCCGCGGACCUUCGGGGUUUACCUCAACGGGACCGGAUACAGGACAGCCUUCUUUGGCAAGUACCUGAACGAGUAUAACGGCUCAUACGUCCCCGCCGGGUGGAGGGAGUGGCUCGGUUUGGUGAAGAACAGCCGCUUCUACAACUACACGCUGAGCCGCAACGGAGUCCGAGAGAAACACGGAGCACUGUACCCGCAGGACUACCUGACCGACCUGAUCACGGCAGAGUCCAUCAGGUACUUCCGCUCCUCGAAGCGUGUUUAUCCUCACCGCCCGGUGCUGAUGGUUCUGAGCCACGCAGCACCGCACGGACCGGAGGACUCGGCACCGCAGUACAGCACCGCCUUCCCCAACGCUUCACAGCACAUCACUCCCAGUUAUAACUACGCUCCGAACCAGGACAAGCACUGGAUCAUGCGUUACACCGGCCCCAUGAAGCCCAUCCACAUGGAGUUCACCAACGUGCUGCAGAGGAAGCGACUGCAGACGCUUCUGUCUGUGGACGACAGUGUGGAGAAGCUGUAUAACAUGCUGGUGGAGACAGGCGAGUUGGAAAACACCUACAUCAUCUACACGUCUGAUCACGGCUACCACAUCGGACAGUUUGGCCUCGUGAAAGGUAAAUCCAUGCCGUACGAGUUUGACAUCCGAGUGCCGUUCUUCAUCAGAGGACCCAACGUGGAGCAGGGCAGCAUUAACCCUCACAUAGUCCUGAACAUCGAUCUGGCUCCGACCAUCCUGGACAUCGCCGGCCUCGACACUCCUCCAGACAUGGACGGAAAGUCGAUAAUGUCUCUACUGGACACUGACAAACCUGCUAACAGGUUCCAAGUGAACAAGAAGCCAAAGGUGUGGAGAGACUCGUUUCUGGUGGAGAGAGGGAAGCUGCUGCACCUGCAUGUCGAGGGAAAGGAAGUGUCGCAGGAGGAGAACUUCCUGCCCAAACACCAACGAGUAAAAGACCUCUGUCAGAGAGCCGAGUACCAGACGCCCUGUCAGCAGACUGGACAGAAGUGGCAGUGUGUGGAGGACGCCACGGGGAAGCUUCGGCUCUUCAAAUGUAAGAACGAAGGGGGAGGAGCUAACAACUUCCAGAGGGACGUGACUGGUCGGCAGCGUCCACUCAGCAUCAAGUCUCAGCUGUACCGGAAAUCCAACGGCUGCCACUGCGACCUCCGAGACCUCCGGCCUCUGAACCUGCGGCCCUCCACGAUGAGGCCCUUCAACAACAAACCUUUCUUCUCCAAGAAGAAGUUCAAAGCCCUGAAGAGUUACUCCAGGAACCGGUACAGCCGCUCCGUGUCCAUGACGAACAGUUACCCCGUUAACGACAGCGUGGUGGACGGGGCCGGCUGGGCUCAGCUGAUUGGAGACGAGACUGAGGACGAGUUCAGCGGGAUGGGAGGCGGUCCCAACGGCGUGUCCCUGCCCAACUCCCACAAAGUCACACACAGAUGCUCCAUUCUGCCGAACGCCACCGUGAAGUGUGACACGGGAGUUUAUCAGUCCCUGCAGGCCUGGAAGGACCACAAGCUGCACAUCGACCACGAGAUUGAGACGCUGCAGACCAAGAUAAAGAACCUGCGAGAGGUCAGAGGUCACCUGAAGAAGGCCCGCCCCCUGGAGUGUGACUGCAAUAAGUACCUGUAUAAGUCCAAACUGAAGAAUAAGCUGAGGUACAGAGGAGGUGGCCUGCACCCCUUCAGGAAGGGCGGGGCUCGGGACAAGAAGGCGUGGCUUCUGAAGGAGCAGAAGAGGAGGAAGAAGAUGAGGAAGUUGAUCAAGAGGAUCAAAAACAACGACACGUGUUCGAUGCCCGGACUCACCUGCUUCACACACGACAACCAGCACUGGCACACUCCGCCCUACUGGACACUGGGUUCGUUCUGCGCCUGCACCAGCGCCAACAACAACACGUACUGGUGUCUGAGGACGAUCAACGAGACCCACAACUUCCUGUUCUGUGAGUUCGCCACCGGCUUCCUGGAGUACUUCGACCUCAGCACAGACCCAUACCAGUUGAUAAACGCUGUCAGCUCUUUGGAUCGGACGGUUCUGAAUCAGCUUCACGUUCAGCUGAUGGAGCUCAGAGGCUGCAGGGGACACAAGCAGUGCAAUCCUCGCACACGCUCAGUGGAGCAGGCAGGAGGGCGGGAACACAGCAGCUUUGAUGACUACAGGAUGUUUGAGAGGAAGAAGUGGCCGAGAGUCAAGAAACCUUCAUCAUCUCGAACCCUAGGUCCGAUCUGGGACGGCUGGAAGGGCUAAGCCUCCCGAUUGGCUGGAGCAGGCUCCUGACCCCGCCCACAGAAUCCUGAAGGAGCACCGGUCAGCCAAUCAGCUUUUGUCGUCUCUGUGACAUCAUCUGGCCCCACCCCCGCCCCGCUGCUCAGGGAGACGCCGGGACGAAAAACACCCGGCGCACUUCUUCACCAGCUUUUCCUCCUCAUCCUCUAUCUGAGGAGGGAGAGGAAGAUCGAGGAGGAGGAGGAGGAGGAGACGGCAAAAUCUGAGAACCUCGUCAGUUGAACGGGGGAAGAACCAGAACUCCCAUCUUCUUCCUCCUCCUCCUCCUCCUCCUCGUCAGGUGACCUCCCGGCAGCCAUGUUUGUUUUACAUGUUCAUAUGUAGUCUCUCUAACAGUCCAGUAAAGGACCCGCUCUCCCUGUUGUUGUUGUUGUUGUUACUAAACUCAGACUGAGACGGAAGAAGACGAAACUUCCACGUCGAACACUCUGACAUCACCGCUGAUGUAAAUGUGAUGUCAUUUCCUUAUUUUUAUUUUUAAUUUCUUCCACUAACUUGAACGCCGGUUACAGCGGCGACCGGCGGCUUCACUGGCAACAGAGCUACAGCUGUACUAACCUGGUGACUUGACUACAGUACCCACAAUGCAAUGCGGCAAGCCCCGAUGAGAACAAACGAGGAAGAAAACACAAGAUGAGAGGCAGAUGUCGGCUCUUGCUCUGUGACGCCACUUAUUAUUAUUUUUUUUUUUUUUACUCAUGUUAACCAUCAAACAUCGCCGUCCACUCACCUUCUCCCCCUGCACAUACGUUUCCUUUUCACUUCAGGUGUUUCCUCCUCUCAGCUGAUUUUGUUGUUAGCAGAUUUUUCAGCCUCCGUUUUCUCCCUCGCCCGAAUCCCAACUCCUGGUCAGAGACGUCCUGAGCUCUAAAUUAGAAGAUGUAACUUAUAAAAUGUAAAAUAUAACUGUAGAAAAACCACGACUGGAUUCACACGGGAAGAGAAAAAAAUAACUGUGCACACACCUGUUCUGGUGAUUUCCGCCCGCCAACGCUUGCCGAUUAUGAGCAAGAAUAUUAAGACGUCAGAUGUGUGUCGCUCGCCUCUCAGACACUUCCAGACUGUUGAAUCCAAAUAUCUCACCGCAUUUAUUAUUAUUUAAUUUUUAUUUUCUCUGGUUUGAUUUCCUACAUUUCCCAGAAUGCCUGUCAGCAGCACAAAGACAAGGUGUGUCCAGCUUCUUCGUGCUCUCUUUAUACCACUGGGCGACAGUACAGAAGAACCCAAAUGGUGUUUUUUUUCUCGGCAGGUAGACGACACGUUUCAGAUGUUCUGGCAUCAGCGCGUGAGCUGAAACAGCUUUACCGAUUGGCCGAUGUUAUAGACCAAUGAGGUAACAGCUGCUGUUCCUCUGUGCCAUAUUCCUUUGGGAUGUAAUGUAACCUGGUAGGGGUCUUUUGAUAAAUCAUAACCUCCAGUUGUCUGCCCUCUGAUGAUGGAUUCAUGUGGCCAUUUAAAUAUUGCAUCUUGAUCAUUUUGUUCUCAAAUUACCUAAUUUACAGUUACUCCAGCUUGUUUCUGAUAUCAAUAUUCAAGUCACAAUUAUGACGGAUUAAACUGCUUUUUAUAAUAAUAAUAAUAAUAAAAGUCCCUGAAAAUCUGAAUCAGGAUUCAGUGAUAUGAAGUCGUGGCUGCAUGAAGGGGACAACUUCCAGUUUGAGCGAAUUAUUAAAGCAAAUUUGGAGCACGAUUUAGUGUUUGAUACCACAUUAUGUUGAGUUUUAGUAUUUUAAGGGCACAAUUUGAGGUUUGAAGGGUUUGAAUUAUUAAACUGAGGUGACAAAAUACACAAAUUGGGGAUUCUAGGGAACAAUUUAUCCCCCUGAGACCUACUAGGCUUUAUUUAAUGUAGGCUGCCCAGGACAUCUGGGCUGCUUGUGUGUUUCCUCAUAUGGUAGAGACAGAAAGAAGCCCUCAAACACCAAAAUCUGACAUUUGUUGUGUUUCCGGUCGACCCCCAUCAGAGUGGGACGUGGCCUCGUGUUGUGGAUCUACAGUGUGAAAGUGUUUCAGGCGGAUUUUUUCCCCUUCCUGUGUGAGUGCAGCCAACCAGUCUGCUGUCUAUAUAGUUUAUUUUUUAACCCCAAAUGUAUUUGCUCUGCGGUGCUAUUUGCUGUCUAGGAAAAACCUCCUGGUUGUGUUUGAAUGUAUUUUUAAAUGUUUAGGUGUGUUUUCUAAAGACUAAUGGUGAAUCGGAUCGUUCUGGACCAGCUGAGGCUUCAGAUCAGAUUUCUGGUUCUGAACUGGACGCACACACACACACACACACACACAUGCUGAAGGACAAACUGCUGAGCACUUUGAUUGGAGGAUGGAGGGAUGAAUGGACCGACAGAGGUUUGUGUUGAGACGAGAAACGACGACACGUGACGUGAACCUGGCCCUGUGCGGCCAGUAAAUACUGAUGUAACACACCUGUACAGUCCCCCACUCGCCUGUGGACACAGUGUUUGGUUUUAGUUUGUGAAUAAAGUGUCGAUUGCUAAAAUGCA